AGCUUCUGUAACUCAAUUUACAGGAAACCAUUCUAGGUAACGUGAACGUGGUCUUGAUCAUCUCCAGUUCAUCCAACAACAACAUUGAGCACCCGCCCUUACUACUAGUAGUACAUACAUACUACAAUCAUACAUUCAAUUAUCAUCCACAUCCAUCCUUUGUUAUAACAGUAAAAUCUCGUAAUGAUGCCAUUGAUUUAUCCUUCUUUUCCUUCGUGAAUUUGUUCCUCUCCCAUGUUCUAAUCUUUACAGCCUUGUAUUUCAUCAUGGAGAUACCCAACCAGGGAGAUAUGCGAGAUAUAUCCUGGUCUAACAUACCAACCGAAUUCCUAUUGACCGAACUUUCCAAGCGACAUGGAGCUGGCAACUCUAUGCCUAGUGGUGGUAGUGAGAAGCCAGUCUGUGGAUCUGGCGAGAAGGGCGUCUACGAUACAGGAUUGCACGUUUUCGCUUUGUUCCUUAUCCUCACCCUAAGUUGUCUCGCAUGUGGCUUUCCCCUCUUCUCCAGUCAGUCGUUCAAAAGUGGACGCGCCAGUACCAUCAUCUUUCUCAGUCAACACUUCGGAACUGGCGUCUUGAUCGCAACUGCUUUCGUCCAUCUACUACCUACCGCCUUUAUGUCCCUGACCGAUCCCUGCCUUCCGAAUUUAUUCACUCAAGGAUACCCCCCUAUGGCCGGCUUGGUAGCCAUGGUCUCGGUUUUAGUCGUCGUGACAGUGGAAUCAUGGUUAACAACUAGAGGCGCCGGGCAUUCACACUCCCACAAUCACACAUGGGACUCGGAUGAUGAUAAUGAGGAAGCUGAGGAUAAACAUGUCCACGCCAACGGCGGUGGUUUGGCUGCCAAGAGAGCUACCAGCCACAGGCCAGCAGAUAUUGCCCUAGAGGAUCUUGGAGCUAGGCAAGGUCUUAUGGCGGAUGUCUCACCGUUACCCGAAUCCACACCUACUAUUGUAACCUCAUCGCCGAACGGGGACAGGAAGGAAUUUAGAUCUAAUCGCCACAGUAGCGAUGGCGACGAUGACGACGACGAUGAUGAUGAUUUAGAGUUAAACCUCAACGAGCUCGAUCCUACGGAUGGCGAUGAUGCGCAGCCUCUUGCUGGCCCCAAUGGAGCUAAUCGAUCAAGCCGACAUGGUGAGGCUGCAUUGUCGCAGAUGCCUCCCGCACCUGAAGAACAAAAACGUCUAAUGCUUCAAUGCAUGCUGCUCGAAGCUGGCAUCCUAUUUCACAGUGUCUUCAUUGGCAUGGCUGUCUCUGUCGCCACCGGGCCACCCUUCGUGGUCUUCCUAGUUGCUAUUGCAUUCCACCAGACAUUCGAAGGCCUCGCUCUUGGAUCUCGUAUUGCCGCUAUCCGAUUUCCCCGAUCGUCUGCGCGCCCCUGGCUGAUGGUUCUCGCCUAUGGGCUUACUACUCCCAUUGGCCAGGCCAUCGGUCUCGCCGUACAUAGGUUAUACGAUCCUCUUAGCCAGACAGGCCUCCUCAUGGUUGGCUUUAUGAACGCCAUCUCGAGCGGUCUGCUACUCUUUGCAGGUUUGGUUCAGUUAUUAGCGGAAGACUUCCUCACGGAAAAGAGCUACAAGUCUCUCAAAGGAAAGAGGCGACGAAAUGCCGGUCUAGCUGUUUUCGCGGGCGCAACGCUAAUGGCCCUCGUCGGUGCUUUUGCUUGAAUGUUUACUUGCCAAUGAUAUGAAUCUUUUUAAUGGGAGAAUGGGAGUUCCGGGUAUGGAGUCAAAAUUAUUUUAGAAAUGGGCAUUUGAUUGAUUGGGGCUAGGUAAAAGAAGAGAUGAUGACCUAGGUAGCUAAAUACUAAUGCGUACCGAGCUAGGCGCAAUGCCAGAAAAUUGCCUACCUACCUAGGCACGUACGAUAUUCGUGUAAUAUUCGUGUAUUACCCAGGGAAGAUAGCCCCAGGUGAGUAUGUCAAUGAUGUAUAACUUAUCCCUUAUCGCUUAUCACAGAGAACUUCAAUAUUCAGUAGGUCAUGGUUAAUAU